ACAAAUUGUAAUAGACGAUACAAAUUAAGGUACACAGUGAAGAAAUUAAAAUCGGAAAAUUUUGUAAAUCCGUCGUAUCUGACCAGUUUGAGACAAGGGGACCGGUUAAGCCCCGCCCAUUCUCAGAUGUGACGCUGACCGUCCUUCUCUGCGCCGAUUGUAUUUCUUUGGAUUCUACCUGCUUGUGCAGUUAACAAAAAAAUCUGGACAAAAACAACAAGAACAAAACAUUAUUAUUUGGUUGCUUUCUUUCCGUUAUGAGCUCGUGGCUCGCUGCAGCGCACUCGUCGGGACUGUUUCGGUGAAUGCUUGUGUUUCGGUGAAGAUGGGUCUCAGAAGGACCGUGCUCUUGUGCUUCUUGUGCUCGCUGAUGCUGGUUCUUCACGCCAGCCGCAGGAGACACGCGCGCUGCCCCGCUUCGUGCACGUGCAGCAAAGAUAACGCCUUGUGUGCCAAUACCGGAUCAAUCCCGAGGAGCUUCCCGCCCGAUGUCAUCUCACUAUCAUUCGUCAAGUCCGGCUUUAAUGAAAUCCCUAAAGAGAGUUUCAUUCACACGCCAGCCCUCCAUCUUUUGCUUUUCACAGCAAACAACUUUGAUUCUAUAAAUGAAGAUGCGUUUCUUGGUCUUCCUCAUCUGGAGUAUCUUUUCAUUGAAAAUAACCAAAUCAAGUCCAUAUCGCCAUUCGCCUUCAGAGGCCUGAAGUCUUUAAUACAUUUAAGUUUGGCGUACAAUAAUUUGGAGACACUACCAAGAGAUCUUUUCAAAGGGAUGGAAGCUUUGACUAAAGUGGAUCUGAGAGGAAAUCUUUUCAGCUGUGACUGUAAGCUAAAGUGGUUAGUCGACUGGAUGUUUCAUACAAAUGCAACUGUGGAUCAGAUCUUCUGCAAUGGCCCUGAAGCUUACCAGGGCAAGAAGAUCAACGACCUUGUAGCACAGUCAUUUGAUUGCAUAACAACAGACUUUUCGUUGUUGAAGUCUCUUGACUUUCAGUCCAUUUCAGCCGAGGCUUUUGUGUUCGGUGGUGACCAGUUUGUGGUAUUCGCCCAGCCUUUCAUUGGCAGGUGCAGCUUCAUGGAAUGGGAUCACGUGCAGAUGGAGUUCAGGAACUUUGAUAACAUCACAAGCACUUCCACUGUCAUCUGCAAACCUCUAGUCAUUGAUAGUCAACUCUUCAUUAUAGUCGCCCAGCUGUUCGGCGGCUCGCACAUCUUCAAGCGAGAUGUCUCUGCAAACAAAUUCAUCAAAAUCCAAGACAUCGACAUUCUGAAAGUCCGAAAGCCAAAUGACGUGGAAAUCUUCCACGUCGACGAAGAGUCUUUCUUCAUCAUAGCCGACAGCUCCAAAGCCGGCUCGACAACUAUUUAUAAGUGGAACGGCAACGGCUUCUACUCCCAUCAGUCUUUGCACCCCUGGCACCGCGACACAGAUGUGGAGUACCUAGAGAUCUCUGGGAAGCCUCAUCUGAUCUUGUCCAGCAGCUCUCAAAGGCCGGUCGUUUACCAGUGGAGCAAGAGCACGAAGCAGUUUGACCGGCGCACAGAUAUCCCAGAGAUGGAGGACGUGUACGCGGUCAAACACUUCACCGUGAAGAGCGAGCUCUACAUAUGUCUGACCCGCUUCAUUGGCGACUCCAAGGUGAUGAAAUGGGACGGUAGCAUGUUCACUGAGAUCCAGACCAUGGCCUCUCGUGGCUCCAUGGUCUUCCAGCCGUUCUCCAUAGCCAACUGGCAGUACGCCAUCCUGGGCAGCGACUACGCCUUUACUCGGGUCUAUCGCUGGGAUGCAAAGAAAAGACAGUUCAUUCACUUCCAAGAGCUGAACAUUCAGGCACCCAGGGCUUUUUCUCUGGUGUUCAUUGACAACAGGGAGUUCCUUCUUGGUUCUAGUUUUAAGGGGCAAACACGUAUAUAUGAGCACCUGGUCCUUGACUUGAGCAGCUGAGUUGCUUGUCUGGGACAUUUGAGGACACUGAUAAAUGAGUGUCUCGAUGGAUCCGCGAAGAACCUGUCCGAAACACAUCCAGGUCAUGUUUCAAUCUAAAAUCCAUAAUAAUAAUUGCUUAGUGUUCAGGUGAAAUAUUAUCACCAUGCCUACAACUUGUAACAAUCCUAUAUAACCCAAUUCUUUUCUUCUUUUUUCUCCUUUGGUUUUGGAGUGAAACAUGACUCGAUAGUUUUGGUCAGAUUUACUCGCCUCUUCUCAGCAUGAAGACUCUUUGCAUGAUGGUACCGUUAAUUAGGUACUGCCAGUGAAAUUAGCAAAGGUUUUUUUGAUUUUACAUGGUCUUCUCCUUGCACUCAUUCAUUUCUGUUGUGUUUUUACUCUGUGACUGCUGUGCUAUUAUUGAAAUACUUGCUAUUCUAUUUAUUUAUGUUUAUCUCAAAUGAAACUUGUUUACUGCUUUCUAAACUUGUAAACGGUGUAUUUUUGUGUGGCAGCUGGGUCACAUAUUUGAUAUGCAGAUUGGAAAUUUGAAAUACACACAGACAGUUUGACCCUGAGUAGUGUGUAGUGUUACCGUUGUUUUUUAGCAUUAGCCUGUUUGAUGAAUCACAUUAACUACUAACAGUACAACCAAUGCCAGUACUUUUUCAACAAGAUGAAAAUAUUUGUAAAGAGAUGAAGAGAUUCUAUAUCACCACGUGAUGAAACUGUGAUGUUGUUCUACUGGAUAUAUUUAUGCAUGCAGUUUCAUGCCUACAUUUUGAAGACACCGAUACUAACUUUUAAUAAAGACUUUCCAGAAUGCUAAAA